GCUACAAACCCGGUGCCCCUACAACCCUUAAAUCCUAGGUGCUUUGCCAGGAUCGCCGUCAUCGAGAAGGAGAAUGUCGCGCCAACGCCACUGCCCACCCAAAAGCGUGCUCGCAUGCAUGGCGGCACUCCUAUUACUGCCGACCGAUUGAUGAAGCCUUUCAAAUGCCCUGGAUCUGCAACGCCCACAAGAGCCUCUGAGAAACCCGCACGCAAGAGAAGAAAGGUCAAUUACUCUGGUGCCGAUGGCGAGGCAGACGACGCCGACAAGCCCUACAGCAACGAAGACCGACUCGCCCUCGCUACUCGAGAUGUCAAUCGCUUUCCUGUUUUCAAGCCCAAAGACAAAGACCAGUCGAUGCGUCAACGCUUCUCCGUACCAUUUCUCAACAAGGAUUCCUCGGCCUACAAUGCGUCUCGCNCCCCACCUCUUUUAGGAUUGCGACAGGGUGCAGUCUUCGUUGCCAAACCACUUCAUGAUCCCAGUGGAGAGUUUGCCAUCGUUCUCUACGACCCUACUGUUGACGAUAAACCUGCGAAACCAAUAGAAGAUGCAUCCGAGGAAAACCAAGAAGAGACCAAGGAGAAGGUGGACGAACCGAUCAUGCACAAGAGCUUGGCAGAUAUCCUAGGAUUGAAGAAGAAGGUCGUUGAGGAACGUCCUCGUGUACCCGUCGUUAUAGAUCCCAGGUUGGCUAAGGUGUUGCGUCCUCAUCAGAUUGAGGGUGUCAAGGUAUGUUCAAUGAGCAUGUCUUUCCGCCAGAAACUAAUCCUUGUUGACAGUNUCUUGUAUCGUGCUACAACUGGACUUAUAGACGAGAAGGCACAAGGAUGCAUCAUGGCAGAUGAAAUGGGUCUCGGCAAAACGCUACAGUGUAUCGCCCUCAUGUGGACUCUUCUCAAGCAAUCACCAGAUGCCGGCAAACCCUCGAUCAACAAGGCUAUCAUCGUUUGUCCUUCGAGUUUGGUUCGCAACUGGGCCAACGAAUUGGUCAAGUGGCUAGGCAAGGAUGCCAUUAAUCCAUUCGCUAUCGAUGGCAAGGCCACCAAGGAAGAGCUCAUCCAGCAAAUUCGACAGUGGUCAAUUGCAUCAGGUCGCGCAAUCAUUCGUCCUGUUAUUAUUGUAUCUUACGACACGCUGAGACUCUAUGUGGACGAGUUCAGAGACACACCAAUUGGCCUCUUGCUCUGUGACGAAGGCCACAAACUCAAGAACGCGGACAGUCAGACUUUCCAGGCUUUGAACGGUCUCAACGUGCAGAAGCGAGUUAUCUUGUCUGGUACACCCAUCCAGAACGAUCUUUCGGAAUACUUCUCGCUACUCAACUUCGCCAACCCCAACUACCUUGGUACGAGAAUGGACUUCCGCAAGAAGUUCGAGCUUCCUAUUUUGCGUGGUCGCGAUGCAGGUGGUUCCGAUGCCGACCGUCAAAAGGGUGAUGAGCGACUAAGUGAGCUCUUGACCUUGGUCAACAAGUUCAUCAUCCGCCGUACCAACGAUAUUUUGAGCAAGUACUUGCCCGUCAAGUAUGAGCACGUUGUCUUCUGCAACAUGGCACCUUUCCAGAAGGAUCUCUAUAACCACUUCCUGCAGUCUCCCGACAUCAAGAGUCUACUGAAGGGCAAAGGUAGCCAGCCUCUCAAAGCCAUCGGUUUGCUCAAGAAACUUUGCAACCACCCUGAUCUAUUGAACCUUCCAGAAGAUUUGCCCGGUUGCGAAAACACGUUCCCCUCAGACUUUGUACCCAAGGAUGCUCGUGGUCGCGACAGAGAUGUUAAGUCAUGGUACUCGGGCAAGAUGCAAGUGCUCGAUCGCAUGCUUGCUCGAAUCAGAACCGAGACCAACGACAAGAUUGUCUUGAUCUCGAACUACACGCAGACCCUCGACGUCUUCGAAAAGCUUUGUCGCGCCAGAAACUACGGCAGUCUCAGACUCGACGGUACCAUGACUGUCAACAAGCGUGCCAAGCUGGUAGACAAAUUCAACGACCCCGAAGGCAACGAGUUCGUCUUCCUGUUAUCUUCAAAGGCUGGUGGAUGUGGUCUCAACUUGAUUGGCGCCAACCGUCUUGUGUUGUUCGACCCCGACUGGAAUCCAGCAGCAGAUCAGCAGGCACUUGCGCGUGUCUGGCGUGACGGACAGAAGAAGGACUGUUUCGUGUACCGCUUCAUCGCAACUGGAACGAUUGAGGAGAAGAUCUUCCAGAGACAAUCACACAAGCAGUCACUGUCGUCUUGUGUCGUGGAUUCGGCAGAAGAUGUGGAACGUCAUUUCUCGCUGGACAGUCUCCGUGAGCUUUUCCAGUACCGCCCCGACACUGCAAGUGACACGCACGACACAAUCAAGUGUAAGCGUUGCAAGGACGGCAAGCAGUUCAUCAAAGCACCUGCAAUGCUCUACGGUGAUACCAGCACAUGGAACCACUUCACCAACGAUGGCGAGAAGGGAGCGAUGGGCAGAAUCCAAGACUUGCUGCUCAGACAGGAGUGUUCGGAGGACGCAGUCAGUGCUGUGUUCCAGUACAUCAGCCAUUAG